AGCGGAGCGUGCUGGCGUCUGUAAGCCAGUAUGGAGGCAGGCACGGCUCUGGUGCCUCGGGACCGCCGGGGCUCGAUGGGGAGGCGGCCCGCCGGCGCCCGGGACUGCUGAGCUGCCGCCGCCUGAGUCCCUACGGCACGGCCGCAGGGCCAUGCUGGCUUGGCGCAUGGCGCGCGGCUCCUGGGGGGCCCUGCGCGGCGCGCCGUGGGCGCCGGGGGCGCGGCCGGGAGAGGGGCGCGCCCGCGGGGCUUUGCUGCCGCCCGCGCCGUGCUGUCUGCGCUUCCUGGCGGAGCGCCGGUGGCUGCGUCCGGCCGCGCUCGGCCUGCGGCUGCUUGGGGUCCGCCUGCGGGGCCACUGCUCGGGCGCGGAGAAGGCGAGCCCGGGGCCCGCAGCCGGAGGGAGCCCCGCCGCCGAGGCCCCGGCUGGCCCGGGGGACCCGGCGAGCGCCGCCAGCCUGUAUGAAAACCCAUGGACAAUCCCAAAUAUGUUGUCAAUGACAAGAAUUGGCUUGGCCCCAGUUUUGGGCUAUUUGAUUAUUGAAGAAGAUUUUCAUAUCGCGUUGGGAGUUUUUGCUUUAGCUGGGCUAACUGAUUUGUUGGAUGGAUUUAUUGCUCGAAACUGGGCCAAUCAAAAAUCAGCUUUGGGAAGUGCUCUUGAUCCACUUGCUGAUAAAAUACUUAUCAGUAUCUUAUAUGUUAGCUUGACCUAUGCAGAUCUUAUUCCAGUUUCACUUACUUACAUGAUAAUUUCAAGAGAUGUAAUGUUGAUUGCUGCCGUUUUUUAUGUCAGAUAUCGAACUCUUCCAACACCGAGAACGCUUGCCAAAUAUUUCAAUCCUUGCUAUGCCACCGCCAGGUUAAAACCAACAUUUAUCAGCAAGGUAAACACAGCAGUACAGUUAAUCUUGGUGGCAGCUUCUUUGGCAGCUCCAGUUUUCAAUUAUGUUGACAGCAUAUAUCUUCAGAUACUGUGGUGUUUUACAGCUUUCACCACGGCCGCCUCAGCUUACAGUUACUAUCAUUAUGGUCGGAAAACUAUUCAGGUGAUAAAAGGCAGAUGAAAGUCAUUCAUCACCGUUAGCAAGGAAGUAAUAUAUGUCGUUGGCAUCAGGGCCAUUGGGAAAGCUGCAGGACCUUCUCCAUUUUGGUGUUCAGCUUGAAAAAGGACUUGUCAGAACAAACCAUGGCAUCAGACUUGAAGUGUGUGCAUUGAAAGUAAGCUUGAUCAUGGGCCUAUGCGGAAUUUCCAGUGUAUUUUUAAAUACAAAUAAAACUAUAAUUUAGAGGUUUUUAUCUUAGGUUUCUUGAUUAAUUUAUAAGAUACCAAUUACUCAAUUAUUGUCAGUCACUUUUUAAGACAUUUAAAAACAAAACAGUCCAGAGCAUGGAAACUGGAGUUGCCACCUCUCUGUAAGUAGAGUUUACUCACGAAGCACUAGGAAUUUUCUGGGUUUAAAUAUAUAUCCUAUACACCUCGGCUGAACAGGUUUAUGGUUGAUUUUUAGAUCUGUAUACACAACAGCAAUUCAUGUGGCUAAUAUUUGAUUAUUUAGACUAUUGACAGAACAAAAAUAGCUUAGCUGUGGAUGAAAUAAAGUUGUAAAGAGAUUUAAAAUGUAUUAAGUUGUGAAAAUAAUAAGAUCAAACAAAGUAGAGGUAUUGAAGUCCACACUCAGUAAAGACUUCCAAUCUCUCAGGUGCUUCAUAGUUUAUGGAUCAGGCUCAAGUAACAAAGGUAGUUGGAAUAUGAGAAUAUGUCCGUUACCCUUUGCCAUAUGGGAGGUAGUGAUUUGUGUCAUGCCUUCCCACUGUGUUUCUGUCAUAGCAAUGUUUGUAUGAUAUUUGGAACCCGUAUUUGUAUGAUAUGUAAAUAAUAUGAAACUGUAUAUUUUUCAAAGAUUUUUAAAACUUUGGGUAUCUUUUUUUUGUGAAGAGAUUAAAGGAAUAAAAGAGCUGGAAAUAACGCUUUGUCUCCCGGGUGCUGAGGCUCCUGACAAACCAGUAAAGUCUUUCUCUGUAUACACAUGUCGUGAUGGAGCUCUCCAACGGUAGCUGCUCAUUCGUGUCAGUGGGAUGACACUAGUUGUAUUCACCCUGAAGGUUUCACUUUUCAAAACAGGAAUGGUUUUCACUGGGUCUGACUUCUUUUCCAUUUAAUCUGUUUGUAAAAUAUAAGGUGUGUGGCUUGUAACAAACAAGGAAAUGAGAAGGCUUCAGAAAGGAUCUCAAACACUAACUUCUUCUGUUGCCUAGACUCAACAUUUUUAUUGUAUGUUUUCCGUGGUGCAUGGGAGACAAGAAGAUGUACAGAGUGAUAGUUUUGUUGAUGUUACUGAUGGCUAACGUUUAUUCAACACCUAUAUCUGCAUUCUUUUGUCUUCACAAAUAGCAUAGGAGGGAGGUAUUGUCCUCAUUUUACAGAUGAGGAAACUGAAACUUAGAGGUUCAGACAUUCACUUCAGGUCACAUAUCUAGUCCAUACUCUUAACUGUUACAACUGCAUUACUGCAACUGGAAGGUAUUGUUCGUUUCUGACAUUCACUUUUUUAGAGAAUUUUUUAUAAUAAGUGAAAGAUAAGAAUGUUUACGGCAAGAAUCUUUAUCCUAUGAAAUAACUCUGUGAUACCCCUAGCUCCUCUACUGAUGAGGAUAGCAUUUUAAAGUUACAAAGGGCUUGCGUUUACAUUCUUAUCAAUCUAGCCUUGAUGCUUAAUUUUGGACAAAAAGAAUAUUUAAUUGCUGGACUUUCAAAGAGAUUGUUUUCAUUUCCGUUAUUUUAAUGUAAGGAGCAGACUUCCUUGAUGGUAACCAGUGACUUUGGUCAGCUGCUUGGAUUCUCUAGCUCCUGGAGACUUGGUGCCAAGGGUCCCUUCAUGGUGCUGAGGUCAGGAGCUUGAUCCUCUUCUAGGUUUGUACGUUUCAAGUGAUUUCAAAGUCCCUGACUUUGCCAUCUAUCCUGAACUUCUUUGUCAGUCAGUAUUGAGAGAGUAUGCAAGAGUGACAGUGCCUUAGUGUAGCCAGUCCUUGUGGAAAUACAGCCCUCACCUUAGAUCAUACUGGCAGUCUUUUAUUCAUAUGUCAUUGCAGCAUAUUUGUAGUUAUUUAAAUUGCCUAUUUUACGCAAAUAACACGUGCCUUCUACAUUUGCUUGCCAGCUGCAGCCUCCCCCCCCCGCCGCUAAGUAUUUUCAGAAAUGUGCUAUGCUAAUUUUUUUACAGCAACAUGUAAAAAAAAUUGGCAUAGUGGCACUUAAAAAUACCUGGGGUGACAGGGAGGGUACAGUUGGCAAACGAACGUAGAAGGCUUGCUGUUCGCAUGAAAAUACAGUGGUUAAAUGUCACAGAACAUUUUGUAUUUUGUUGACCUGGGACGAUGUUAUAAUUGUUAAGAAACCACAUUGUUGAUGAGUAACUAGAUAAUGCAAUACUGCUAUUACACUCAGCCCCUAUGGAGUGACUUAGUGUGUGUGUUGUGAGCUUAGGGGGAGGGUUGUAAUGGGAGAGCUUUGCCGUCAACAAGGCAAACCCCACCUUUAAACACCCAGCUCAAGUGUCUGGCUUUGGUUUGUGAGUUUUUCAGCUUAGGGAAGGGUUUGUGGUCCUUUGAAGUCCAGGGCUAUCCCAUCCUCAGUCCUGUGUGCAUGUUAUGUUUGGUAAUACAAGCAGGGAAUUUCAUUAUGUAUUUUCAAAGUUUAAAAGUGACAUUGUUUUUAAAUGCAAUUUGACUUACCCAUUUUCUAUCUAAUUAGAACAGACUUUUUAUAAUCACUAUUAUUGUGAAAGCACCCUGGCAAAAUUUGGAAAGAGCUACUAUAAUAAAACAAUUAAACUAGUUUCCUUCUUUAAAAACCUUUGCACAUGAUCUUUAUUUUUUAAAGAAAAGUAUCUGCUUAAUAGUUUUAGAGGCUCUCAAAUAUUCAUUUAUAUAAAACAUGAAAUAAUACACUUGUAAUAAUUUGCUUAGAAGGUGUUUCUACCUGUGAGAGUGAAUUUUUUUUUUUUUAAUCAUUUUUGGAGAAGGACUAGCACAAAAGAUAAGCUGUGUUAAAUUAAAACGGGAAAUUAUAAGCAAAGCUCAGGCCUCUUAGUGCCAGCAUCCUUGCCUCAGAGUGCCCCUCUAUUGCCUGCUGCUCUUGCCUCCCUUGUUCCCAGACUGGCAGUGGAGCUGCCCUUGGCUGGGAGCAUUACUGAAGCCUGCAGCCAGCGACCCUGCCACUGACUCUGGGGAGUGAGGAAGAAGAGAAAGGUGGCAUGUUGCCAGCCAUUCUUACCCCUUCUGGGAUCUGUAAGGUCUCAUAGCCUGGGAGGUGGUGAGGCAGGAGGUAAAAGUCCCACUGUGGACCACCCAAGAGGCACAGAGUCUGAGCACACAAAAAUGAUGUUUAAAAAAGGAGGAACUUUAAAAAGCAAUAAAAUAGUUGAGGGAAAAGUUAGAACUUUGGGCUUCAUUACACUUAUUUAUGGUUUAGCAUUGAUGCUGUGUAAGGAGCCCUGGUGGUGCAGUGGUUAAGCACUCAGCUGCUAACGGAAAGGUUGGCAGUUCAAACCCACCAGCCACUCCUUGGGAGAAAGAUGUGGCAGUUUGCUUCUGUAAAAGUUAGAGCCUUAGGAACCCUGUGGGGCAGUUCUCUGUCCUGUAGGGUCGCUCUGAGUCAGAAUCAACUUGCUGGCAAUGGUUUUUAACAGGCUGAUGCUAUCUGGUUUAUGGAUUAGACCAAUAAUCUCUUUAGUAUUAAGGUCUUAAUCCGACUCCAGCUAAUAUGAGGGUAAGUCAAAAAGUAUUGCUACAAAAUCAUAGAAAAUUUUAUUAAACAGAAAUAUCAAAAUGUGAAGCUGUUGUCUCUCGACAUAUCCCUCCUCUAGGUCUGUACACUUCGGAAGGUGGUGUUUCCAUCUCUCUAACCCUUCCCCCGAUGAAUUCUGUACUCUUCAGUUACACCACAUCAAAACAGGAGUUUUGGUAUCCUCAAGGGACUCACAUUGUGUUCCUUUUAAAUGUUCUUUGAGUUCUGGGAACAAAAAGAAGUCUGAAGGGAGAAGAUCAGGGUUGUAGGGUGGAUGGGGUAAAGUUUCCCAGUGAAAUUCUGGUAGGACAGCCCUUACUACUCUCGAAGCAUGAGCAGGUGCGUUGUCAUGAUGGAGAAUUCCUUGGUGCAACUUUCCUGGCCUUUUUCUCACAAUGCGGUUUUCAUCAAACUUCAUGAUAAGCCCUGGUGAUCAUCCUAUGUCCUUUGAGAAAAUCUAUCAUGAUUACCCCUUUGGAAUCCCAAAAAACAGUCACCAUAACCUUGUAAAGGGGUCUUCUCUCUCUCGGCUCAUUUUUCAGAUCUUCCCGACCUUUCAUAAAAUGCUUGAUCCAUCUAAAAACUUGUUUUAUGUGGGGCAGCAUUCACAUAAACUUGUUGCAAAGCUUCAGUGAUUUGGGAAGAUGUCUGCUUGAGUUUUGUUAAAAAUUUGAUAUUAGCCCUGACCUCAAAAUUGUUUUUUCCCAUGGCACAAGAAGUAUCCUUUGGCCCCGGGACACCCUUUCAGCUCAGUAAUGAAGUCACUCCUGAGGUUCACCCUUCAGCCAAAGAUUGGACAGGCUCAUAAAACAAAAUGAGACUAAAAGGGCACACCAGCCCAGGGGCAAGGACUAGAAGGCCGAAGGGGACAGGAAGGCUGGUAAUAGGGAACCCAAGGUUGAGAAGGGAGAGUGUUGACAUGUUGUGAGGUUAUUAACCAGUGUCAUAAAACAAUGUGUGUACUAAUUGUUUAAUGCGAAACUAGUUUGUUCUGUAAACCUUCAUCUAAAGCACAAUUAAAAAAAAAAAAAAAAGGCACCCUAACAAGA